AUGAAUUCACAAAGACGUGUAGGAAAACAAGCUCACAAGAAGGCCCUCCCCAAUGUCGGCAUUAAACCUAUAAUUUUGGGGCAAAUUGUAAUUUCAUUCCAAUGCUUAUAUAACAGAGAGCUGCCCUCCCACCGGGUUCUCAACACCGAAACCCACAACAUCAUCCCUCAUAGCAGUUCAAGCCAUCGAUCUCUGCCACUCUCGCCUCCCAGCUGCUCGCUCUCGCUCUCUCUCUCUCUCUCUCUCUCCUAUCUCCGCGUUGCAAGGUCAAGCCUUCUUCUCUAUAACCUCUGUCCCUUCCCUUCUUCCCCCCCGUCAAAAUCACGUCAUCACACACUGAAUUGUUCCCACCACGUCGCUAAGUCGGGUCACCAUACCGCCACCCUGCCGAAGCAGUGGAUUACGAUCAACUUCUGGCGGCAACGGUGGGACUACGUGAAACGGCGUCGUCUGAUGGCCAAGGAUGAUGAAGGUCAAACACGGCACCCAUUGGUCGUUGCGGUCUUGCCCGACGUCCUCAAGGAGCACCGUCGUAGUAUCUGGAGUCGCCGAGUGUUGCAUAGUCGAGAGAUCGAACCCGUUUGCCCGCCGGGAACCAGCCAGUUCGCCAUGGGCACUAUUACGUAA